UGCCCUUGAAAUCAUACAAACAUGUUACUUGGUUUAAUAUUUUACCAACAUUACUAUCAACUUUACUGCCAAUUACACACUUGGUAGAUUAUAGUGCCUUUAGUGUUGUGGAAUGUUUCUGGACACCUUGGACAGAGUAAUUUUACAGAAAUCAGAAAUUAUGCGUUUUCACUCGCCAAUGAGAAUGCUGUUUUGUAUUCUACUGUGGCUGUUUGAAGAACUGCUGAUUUGCAGCUCGGAUCCUCUUCCUAGUGAUAUUACUACAGGAUUUGCAGUUGAUCUCUACCAUGCCAUUCGGUCAAUGCAGAAGGAUCAGAAUCUUAUUUGUUCACCAAUGUCUGUCAGCCUGGGCCUAGGGAUGACAGAGCUGGGUGCCAGAGGGACCACUUUGCAACAGUUAAGAAAAGUUCUACAUUUUGAUAAAACACAGGAAGGGACGGAGUUUUCUUUGUUGAAACAGCAAUCCAAAAUCAUCUCCAGUAGUAGCAGGCAAUACUCGCUAAAACUUGCUAAUGCAAUUUACAUACAGGAUGAAUUCCAUUUGACUGAACAAUAUCUCCACAGCAGCCAAGAAUUCUUUCAUAAUGCUAUAAAAAAAGUGAACUUUCAAGAUUCUGUAUCGACUGCCAAUAUUAUCAAUAAAUGGAUAGCUAAUCAGACCGAAGGUAAAAUCCAAAACUUGGUGACAAGUCAAUCUUUGAACGCUUUGACAAAGAUGGUUUUAGUGAAUGCCAUUUACUUCAAGGGGACAUGGAAACAUAAAUUCAAUUCAGCGCAUACCAGACUGAUGAAAUUUGUCAAGCAAGAUGGCUGUGUUUCUGACAUACCAAUGAUGUACCAACAAGUGAUGAGCAGAUUUGGUUAUUUUACAGCUGGAAAAAUCAGUUAUCAGGUUGUAGAAGUACCUUAUAUUGGAGACGAAGCCAGCAUAUUCCUGGCACUACCAGCAGAAGGAACUGAUUUAACAGAAUUGGAGAAACUUAUUACACCACAACUUAUCCAUAAUUGGCUUUCCACAAUGUCAGAAGAAGACAUUGAGAUUAACCUUCCAAGAUUUACAAUCCAACAAAGGUUAGAUUUGAAAGAACCGUUUGGAGUCCUCAAUGUCACAGAGAUAUUUGGAAGUGAAUGUGACCUUUCUGGGAUCACAGAAUCAUCUGACUUGUACAUUUCUCAAGCAGUCCAUCAAGCAUUCAUUGAAAUAAAUGAAGAAGGGAGUGAAGCAGCAGCUUCAUCAGGUAUGACCGCAGCAAUCAUGAGCCUUCCUCGACAUAAAUUUAUGGCAAAUCGUCCAUUUGUUUUUCUUAUACGUAGCAACCUGACAGGUUCAAUAUUAUUCAUUGGAAGAGUAAUGGACCCUGAGGGGGUGAAUUCCUAUGGGAGAGAUAAGGAUGCGCUGUAAAAUAAAAGCGUACUAUGUAAACUAA